CUCUCCGCAUCCUAAAACGGUCCCCGGGUGUGUGUGAGCGUUAAUGCAGUGCAGUAAUAUCACAUCCUGAGGCACACGGCUCGGCGGCACAGCGGAGAGCGGCCGUCGUUCGAGGUGCAGCGCGACACCACACGUCGACGUCGGCUUUCUGGCUUAUUGCGGUCGGGAGGAGCAGCUAAGCGACGGGGAAAGCGCCAGAGUUUUCCCAGCGCCCAAUCUCGGCAUGUGAAUGCGAAGUGGAGCGCGGAUUCGGGGCGAAAUGCGUUUCACGCUUCACAGUAAACAAACGCGAGCGAGGCCAUCGUUCUGGUGCGGAUUAAAUUAUGGAAGCGAUGUAGCUGGGCCAGCAGCGGCGCACCGCCAGUCGGACACAGCGUCGAGCGAGGCGCGUCGGGACGGACACCGCGCUUGAACUUUGAUUGCGGCCGAGCAGCGCGGACACUGACUGCGUCCGCACGGGGGAAUAUUCACACGCGACUGUCACUGUGUCUGUGUGGGAACACGCCACACACACGCGCCGCUGGCUGCAGCCCGCCCCAUGGCUCCUCAGCACUUUGGGUCGGCGAGCUAAAGCGGCCGCCCAGCAUCCAGCGCUUCCCCCUUCCCUUCUCCUCCUCGUCGCUCGUACUUUUACAGAUGAAAGGCGCGCUCCGUUCCGAUGUGGCCGGCUAGCGGGGCUCGCGCGCCCUAGGAGGACCGCACCGUGCUUCGAGUGAUCUCUCUGUGAGAGAGAUUGGGACUGGGAGAAGGGAUGGAUGAGCAGAAAUCAAACUGUGAGGAGAAUGAUUCUGAAGCAGCAGCUGAUGGCAGCACACCUCCAGAGAACCCUAUCCCAUCUGAUGGGGAGAAAGAGCCCCCAGAGACAGUCAUGGACACUUCUAAUGCACCUUUGCGGACUAGUAGGGUCUGUGCACUUUGUAACUGUGGUGAACGGAGUCUACAUGGGCAACGGGAACUCCGACAGUUUGGGCCCUCGCUCCUCUGGUCACCUCUGGAGGACUCUGGUUCUGCACCCCUAGUGGUGGGAAGUGAUGAACUGUCCUUCAUUGGCUUCCCUGACCUCAAAAAUACAGCUUCUCUCUUCGACAAAAAAGGACACUGUUGGGUGCAUUACUGGUGUGCUGUCUGGUCCGAUGGAGUGAAGCAGGUUGAAGGUGAGGAGCUGGAGGAUGUGGACAAAGCAGUCAUCUCAGGGAUACAACAGCAAUGUGAAUACUGUAAAAGGCUAGGUGCUACCAUAAGAUGCCGGGCAGAAGGCUGCUCACGGUUCUACCACUUCCCCUGCUCGGCAGCUAGUGGAUCCUUCCAGUCCAUGAAGCAGCUUGCCCUGCUGUGUCCAGAGCACAUAGACAAAGCAAUUGAGAUAGCGGGUGAGGAGGCACGCUGCGCAGUGUGCGACUCAGUUGGGCAGCUUCCGGCCUUGCUUUUUUGUACUGGUUGCGGGCAGCACUACCAUGCCACCUGCCUGGAGAUCAGUGCCACACCUCUACAACGGUCUGGGUGGCAGUGCCCCGAGUGCAAGGUGUGCCAGACUUGCAGGCAGCCUGGUGAGGACUCUAUGAUGUUGGUUUGUGAUGCCUGUGAUAAGGGCUACCACACCUUCUGUCUGCAGCCUGCCAUGGACUCUCUGCCAUCAGACCCCUGGAAAUGCUGGAGGUGUCGGGUGUGCAGUGAGUGUGGCAUCCGGGGUUCCACUCUAGCAGGCUCAGCACAAUGGUUUGAGAACUAUAGUGUGUGUGAGAUCUGCCACCAAGAGCAAGGUGCUGUGUGUUGUGUUUGCAACAAGGCAUCUGAGCCCUUGGUAGCCCUGCACUGCUGUCAGGCAUGCAGCAGAUUGGUGCACAUACAUUGUGCCACAGUAUCAGACUCUCCCAAAGGAAUGUACACCUGCCACCAUUGCCAAGAACCACGACUGGAGUGCAAAAUGGAGAUCAGUCUGCCAGCUGUUCCAGUUGUGGUAGAGUCUGAGAUGGAACCAAGAUCUAGCUUGGGGCCCGACAAAAAUGAUGUUUCAGUGGAGGGAGGCUGCACCACGGAAGGGGAGCCGGGCGCAGCAGCGGAAGUGGAGGGAGACACUGCAGGCCUGGUGGAGGGAGGCACAGCAGCAGGAAUGGAGGGAGACACUGCCUGCCUGCUGGAGAGAGGCACUGUAACAGAAAUAAGUGAAGGCACUGCUGCUAGAGAGGAGGGAGGCAUUGUAACUGAGAUCAGUGAAGGCACUGCAACCAAAGUGGAGCCCAGUAGUGUGGUGGAGAUGGAGGGAGGAACUGUGCCAAAAGUAGAGAGCGGCACUGUGGUAGAGAUAGAGGAAGGUGUUGUGGCAGAGUUGGAUGAACACAGUGCUGUAGAGAUCACUGAAGGCACAGCCACCACUAUGGAGGUUGAGGCAAGCAGGGUGUUUGAACCGGAGGCUGAAGGAGAUACUGCACUGAAGGUGGAGGAAAGCCUUGCAGUGGAGAUGGAAGAAGGCACUUUUGUGGAAAUGGAGGGACAUGUUACAGUGGAAAUGGGUAAAAAAACAAAGGAGGAGAUGGAAGCAGGCAUUGCCCUGGAAGGCCUUGAGCCUAAAGCAUCUGAGUGCCCUGCUGAAGAACCCUCUGUUUUGAGCAAAGAUACAGUGGAGCUUGGUAGUGAACUCCAUUUAUCAGAAGGAAGUGGAUGUCAAGAGCCAGAAAUUUGUCCUCUCCUUGCUCCCUCUGAUGGUGUGGAGGAGUCACCAAAACGGCCAUUGAGUGAAACUCAAGCACUUGAUGUAAACCAGACUGCAGAGUCCCAGUUACCAGCCAUGGACUGUAGGGUGGACAGGUAUACUGAACCAAGGGAAAGUGGGGUCUUUCCCCCUGUGGAACAGAUGUCAGAAGAGGAAGGAGCAACGGGAGACGUUGGGGACUUAAACGAACCUUCAACUCGGGAAUCGCCUUGCACUUCACCCCUCCUCACUAUUACCCAAGAGGAGGAUCAGCUUCCCAUGGAAGUGGUGGAGUCAGAACCUCAACAGCUAUCUGAGGUGGUUCCUUUGCCUUCUAGAGUUGAAGCCCCUCCCCCUUCUCAUAUGGGUACAGGAAUAAACCAGUCAGAAGAGGAGGAGGAGGAAGAUGAGGAGCAUAUAAUGCCCAAAGAGGAUUUCCACACCAAUAUAACUAUCAAGCAGGAGCCCCAGGAAGUGGGACCCAAGCAAGAGGAGUUCUUGGAUGAGAUGUCUAAUCUUAGCCAUGGGGAUGGCAGCAGCAGUGGGUUCCUGGGCUCUCCUGGAGAGCCUGACACCCAGUUGCUGUCCACAGACCUCAGCCUGGGGCCUACCGGCAGGUCCCGAUCGGAUUCCCUGCUCACCGAGACUGAUGACUCGUUGCCCUUUGACCCCCUCAAACCAGAUGGUGACAAAGUGAAACGCAGGGGCUCCCCAGCUCGCUCCCGUGUCAAACAGUGUCGCAGCAGCAGUUUCCCAGGAAGACGGCGACCGCGAGGAGGUGGCAGCGGGAGGGGCCGUGGGCGCUCGCGACUUAAAGCCAUGGCCUCCUGCAUUGAGGCUUUCUUGCAAAGCAUGGACACAGAUACUGGUGUUGGUAAGGAUGAAGAGGAGGAGGAAGAUGACACUAUGCAGAAUACUGUGGUGCUCUUCUCCAACACGGACAAGUUUGUCCUGCUGCAGGACAUGUGUGUGGUGUGUGGCAGUUUUGGCCGAGGGGUAGAGGGACAGCUACUGGCAUGUGCCCAGUGUGCCCAGUGUUAUCAUCCUUAUUGUGUGAACAGCAAGAUCUCCAAGGUGAUGCUGACCAAGGGCUGGCGCUGCCUGGAAUGCAUUGUGUGCGAGAUGUGUGGCAAGGCCUCAGACCCUGCCAGGCUGCUGCUGUGCGAUGACUGCGAUGUCAGCUACCACACUUACUGCCUCGACCCUCCCUUACACACUGUUCCCAAAGGUGGAUGGAAGUGUCAAUGGUGCGUAGUGUGUGUGCAGUGUGGCUCCAAGUCACCUGGAUUCCACUGUGAGUGGCAGAACAAUUACACACACUGUGGGCCCUGUGCCAGCCUGGUCACUUGCCCUGUGUGUCGGGAGAACUUCAUGGAGGAGGAGCUCUUGAUGCAGUGCCAGCACUGUGACCGGUGGGUACAUGCUGUAUGUGAGGGCCUUUACACUGAGGAUGAGGCAGAACAAGCAUCAGACAUUGGUUUCACGUGCACCGCCUGCUCUCCCUAUGUCCCCAAACCCAUUGUGGUGGAAUCCCCUUUAAUGAUGCCGAUGAAAAUGAAAGAAGCAGAGCCACAGUUCUACCGCCUAGAGGGGGUGUGGUUGACAGAAUCUGGCAUGUCCAUGCUGCGCAGCAUUUCCCUGUCCCCACUGAUCAAGCGACGGCAGCGACGAUGUCGCACUGCUGAUGGGGUGGAGAUGAAGGACACAGAUCCUGAGGAGGUGAAAGGUGAAGGCUGUGGGGAGACCAUGGACUGCGAGCCUAAACCAGAACCACCAGGAAGCCCUGACCGGGAAGGAGGCCCUGAAAGAGACUUGCCACUUGAAGGUGUAGCUGCUAGUGGUGUUGAUGUAGAGGGUGUAAAGGGAGCGACAGACGAAAUGGAUGAUGGGAAGAAGAGGAAACGCAAACCUUACAGACCAGGGAUUGGGGGAUUCAUGGUGCGACAGAGAAAGUCUUAUGCACGGCUGAAGAAGGGUCCAGCCAUACCACUGUCAGGAGAAACUACAACUGAUGGACAGAAUGUUGACAAGGUUGCAGAGGAAGAUAAAUUCAUGACAGGAGCCCACCCAGAGACUCCUGUUGAUACUCAUCCUGACCUGAAGACGACAGACGUAGAGGGAGAGCAGGCUAAGAAGCGCAGGAGCAGGAAGAAGAGCAAACUUGAAGAUUCUUUUCCAGCCUACUUGCAGGAAGCCUUCUUUGGAAAGACACUCUUGGACCUGAGUAAGAAAGCGCUGCUGGCUCCACCGGCAUACAGGCAGGCUCAGCCCCCUCCCAGACCCCCACAACCCUCCACAUCAUCAGUCCAAGAAAAAGGGGUGGCACCCUCUGCAUCUUUGUCAGCUGAGGCCAAGGAAGGAGUGACAGGAAUCUUGGUUCAGCAGGGGAUUACUGGUACUGAGAUUCAGGUGGAGUCAGGUGGUGCUGGAGCUGAACUUGCCUCCUCUAAAGAUCAGCCUUCCAGUGCUCAACAGACCUCUGGUACUGACAAGUCUCAAGGGUUGGCCCAUGGUGUUGAGAGCCAAGACUCUGAGCAGUUCUUCAGAAAAGUGCUUGGUGUUUCAGACAGCGCCUCUUUGGGUGGAAGUCUGCACAACAGCACAAGGCCCAUCGUGGAGUCAGGCGAGGGGGAAACGAGCCACUGCAAUAUGCCACAGAGGAGUCUCCCUCCAGGUGCUUCUCUCUCAGGUUCUCUGCCCUCUGCUGGUAUGAUGGACUCGUUCCCUAGUCUCUCUCAGUCACCAUUUUUUGACAGCCGGGAUCGGGCAACUAUGUUCAGCCCAGACCAUGGGGACGACAGCCCCUGGGCGACCCCUUCCACCCCAGCCACACCGUCAACACCACCAACGCCCACUGAGCCAGAAGGUGAUGGACUUUCGUACAGCCAGCGCAGCCUGCAACGGUGGGAAAAGGAUGAAGAACUGGGGGAGCUUUCCACCAUCUCUCCUGUGCUUUAUGCCAACCUGAACUUUCCCAGCCUGAAGCAGGACUACCCAGACUGGUCUAGUCGUUGCAAGCAGAUCAUGAAAAUGUGGAGAAAAAUAUCUGCUGCAGACAAGGUUCCCUUUCUGCAAAAGGCCAAAGACAACAGAGCAGCGCAGCGAAUCAGCAAGGCACAGAAGCAGUCUGAGAGCCAUUUGUGCCGACCAGUGAAGACAGAGCCUGGACAUAGUAAAGGAGAGCGUCCCAACCUGCACCUCCAAAUCCCACCCCCACCUUCGGGUUCCCUUUCCACUACAUCCCAGCCCAGCUCUGCAGAAAGUCCGUUUCCCUUUACUCCUGGUUCUGGGGUGUUUUUCCCAGAGGGGCAAGUCUCAACUCCAAGCUCUAAUGAUGCUACAGUAGAUCCCUUUGCUAAGGUGCCUCCUCAGUCACCCCGCCCUCACUCCCAUCCAUCCAUUCCCUACUCCCAGCCCUCCAGUAGCCCAUUGCAGGCCUGUUCCUCAGGAAAAACCUCCUCUGGCUUGCAGGUUAAUCCCCAGGGUCAGCCAGUGUCCUGGGGUCCUCAGGACAUGCAGCCUGCUUCCUGCAGGUCUCAGCAUGUGGACCCUUUUGCCAGGCCACAGCAGGCCAAGCAAGCUCGUCAGGAGACUGUGGUUCCACCAGGGAGCCCAAGGCAAAGAGGCCAUGGAGACUCCCCACUGCUCUCAUCCCCACACUCUUCCCACUUUGUGGAGCCUCUUCGAAACCAGCAAGGCAUGGGCCGCCAGGAGUACGUUGCCUCACCUGCUGCCCCAUCAAUGGGACAGCAGCGGACUGAUUUGGCAGGCAUUCCUUCUUGUGCUCCCUCUACUGGACGCCAAGAUCCUGGGUGUGACUCCCCUGCUGGCCUGUUAGAGUCAGGGGAUGCUUUGUUCAAAACUCCCAUGACACCACGACCCCAUCAAGGAGAUACUGCAAUGGUUUCUGGGUGUCACCCACCUGGAGUCUCACCCAGUCAUCUCUCUGAAAACUACCGCCAGUCUCCUUCCACCCCAUUUUCAGACCCAUACUCUCAGCCUCCUCUGACUCCCCGAUCUCAGCCAGGGGAAAACUGUUCUCCUCUGCCCCAAAGACCCCCGCUACCUCAGCAAGAUCCCCACUCCAGAGUGCCUGCUAGCCCACAGUCUCAGAGCAGCAUUCAGUCACCACUUACUCCAGGCACUCUCUCCAAUGAAUCCUUUUCUGUGCAGUCACCUGCUAAGCCCCGCUUUCAGUCUCCAGACCCUUACUCACAGCCCCCUUCACGGCCCCAGUCAGGUGACUCCUUCGCUGGUCUUCAAAAGCCGUCCCGGCUGGCUCCCUCCACUUCAGAAGGCAGUACCCCUUUUGUGGGCUCACCACACCACAGCCAGUUGCCUCCGUUACCACCGCCACCACACUCUGCUGCAGAUCCUCUUUCUGGAAAGCCCCCAGGACCCCCUUCAUUCAGCCGAAGCCCCAGCUUGGGAAUGUUCCCAGGGAAUCAAUCUCAGGCACAUGGGCCUUUUGGGGAUUCCCGUGCCCCCCAGGGCCAGCUCCAGCUACCACAGCCGCAGACCAUGAAUGUGGAUAGCUUCCCUCCUAGGAUGCAGCUGUCAGGAGGCCCAUCAGACCCAUUUUCUGGGCGACCACAAGAAGUACCUCAUACCCCCGCCCUGCCAAGCUCUCAAGAGCCAUCUGACCUCCAUGUGGGACAGGAUGUGGCACUCAGUGGCCUCAGCCAGUCAGACCUGGAAAAGCACAGACAGAGACAGAGGCUAAGAGAGCUGUUGAUGCAGAGAAACUCACUCCGGCAGGAGAAAGUGGCAGCAGCGGCAAAUAGUGGCUCUGCUUCCUGGCCAGGAGAAACCAUACAACCUUACCAACAAGAUAAAAGUCAACGUGCUCCUCCUCCAUACCCACAGGACAGAGCUGUUUCUGCUGGUAACCUGGCUGCAUCGUUAGGAAAGCUGCCUUCCACCGCAGGCACAGUGGAUGACAAACUGGGUUGCCAGCAAACUCCUGGGACAUCUGCCUUAAUGGACCCCAGUGGCAUCAGACAAACAGGACAAAAUAAUCCCCAGGGAUUCCACGUCCGUCCCCCCUUUCCUUCUCAAUGGCCACGACAGUUUGGGGGGCCUCGCAGAUUUGUGCAGCCAGGUUCAACGGAAGCAGGGGGACAGAGAUAUCACCUUAGUACACCAGUGAACAUUCCACCUAACAUUCAGAGGAUGCAGGGAAUGCCUCAUCCCCAUGCUGUGGUGCCCACUUCUGGAGCACAGGCUAUACAGACAGGACCUUUAUCUGGACCCCCACCACAGUUCAUUGAGCUCAGGCACAACACACAGAGAAUGUCCCUAGGGCCGCAGUUUGUGACACAUGGCACUCAACCUCGACCGCGUCUUUAUGCACCUCAACAAAACAUGGACACCACAUUUCCCCAGCCUUCUGUGCCUGCCCCGUUAGGUCUUUCUGUUCCUCCAAUGCCUUCUGUCCUCAAUACUCAAACAGAUGCAAUAAGAGGCCCUGGAGUGCCAUUUCAGCAAAGUACCGUGGCUACCGUUGUACCACAGCAAGGCUCUUUACAUUCACCCAAACCCCAGCAGCAGCUUGACACCUCUACUUCAAACCCGAGCACGGCUAGCACUACCUUCCAUCCUCAGCAGCAGAUCCCUCAAGUUGGCGCUGCAGGAGAGCAAAAGACUCCUUCUCUGGACCCAGUGGUAAACAAACCCUCCAGCCUAGACUUGCCAGAGACUGACCUUGAGGACCCAUUUGUUGCUAAAGGACUUGGUGGUGCAGCAGGAGAAGAUGGGGCAGAGGAAGAUGUGGAUGAUCUGGCUACUCUUGAUCUUGGUCCAGAGAAAGGGGAUGAUGAUUUGGGAAAUCUGGACAGCCUGGAGACCACUGACCCACACUUAGAUGACCUGCUGAAAUGUGAUGAGUUUGACUUGUUGGCAUACACUGACCCUGAGCUUGACCAUGGAGACCCUAAAGAUACCUUCUCUGAUCAGCUUCGGCUGGUGGAGGCUGAGAGUGAAGGCCCUUCUUCGGCCUCUGAUGUCAAGGAUGACAAAAUGAAAAUGGGACUGACUGGACAGGAGCUACUUAAAGCUGGUACACUGGUCACAGUUUCACCUGCAGUUUCUGCCUCUUCAAACACACCACACCUUUCCACACAGAUUGGUCAGUCCUCAGGGGUGGAAACCCUACACACGCUUAAGAUGGAGGAAAAGGGCCUGACUCAAGACCUUGAAAGUGAAAGAGGGCUUACACAUCCAAAACCACCAUCUGUUACAGUAAAGGAUGAGAUGGGAGAGGCUGUCUCAAUGAUUCUAGGUGGGGCAACAGCUUCUACCAGGCCAUCCAGCAAUCUUUCUGCUCAGCUGCCAAAUGCAUCUACAUCUCUAGGUUCGGUUGCUUUAGGAGGUCCCACAUAUGAACCUGGACAUUCAGAGACACAUUCUUUUCCACCAGAUAACCCCAAUUCAGACCUUGAUGAGGAUCCACUGGGGCUACCUGAUGGAGGAGGGCAUCAUUCGCCCGCUGUAGAUUUGGACAAAGUUGAAAGCUCCCUGGAGGCCAGUGAAUUGCCGCUGCUAAUCCAGGAUCUCCUUGAACAUGAAAAGAAGGAACUUCAGAAACAGCAGCAGCAUCUGAACUCCCUUUGCCAGACUGGGAUAAAUCCACACCAUCAUAGCAUGCCCUCCCAGCAGCAGCCUUCCCCUGCCAUAGGAAAUCCUCAGGUUAUGCUCCAACAGCAUCACCGACCCCUUUCACAGGGACCUCUUGGUUCCGGGUUUCAGCCAGGAAUGGUACCCAGACCCCAUACUCUUGCACUCCAGCAGCAGCAAAGGCUCCAUGGAACAACUAUUCCCCAGGCACCUCAUCUCACUAUGGCUCAGCAGCAAAGUAUGACUAGAGGCAGCCAUCAGGUGUUAUCCAGUCCUCAACAACAGCAGCAGCAAAUGGUUAAGCCACCUCUGGCUAAUAACUUUUUUCCAGACACAGAUCUUGACAAGUUUGCAGCAGAUGAUAUCAUGGAUCCAAUUGCCAAGGCAAAAAUGGUGGCACUGAAGGGCAUCAAAAGAGUUAUGACACAAGGGCCCAUUGGAGUGCCACCAGGAAUCAGCAGACAACAGGUAUCUCUCCUUGCCCAGAGGCUGUCCGGAACUCAAGGGACUACCGAUCCACAGGGUAGAGUCCCUGCAGGGCCCCCUAAGGAAGGCGAAACCAGUGACAUGACUCAACCCAGACCCAACCCUCCACAGUUUGUGCAAGGAAUCAUUAAUGAAGCAGAACAGCACCAGUAUGAAGAAUGGUUACUGCAUACUCAACAGCUUCUCCAGAUGCAACUCAAGUUCUUGGAGGAGCAGAUUGGUGUGCACCGCAAGUCUCGCAAGGCUCUUUGUGCUAAACAGCGCACAGCCAAGAAAGCUGGACGAGAAUUUGCAGAGGCUGAUGCUGAGAAGCUCAAACUGGUCACUGAAGAGCAAAGCAAAAUUCAGAAACAGCUGGAUCAGGUGCGUAAGCAACAGAAAGAACACACCACUCUGAUGACAGAAUAUCGAAACAAACAGCAGCAGCACCAGCAGGGUUCUGGACUUCUGCCAUCUGGUCCUUCGACACAGAGCCCCAGGGUGCUGUCCAAGCUGCCUGGACCAUUGAUAGGUCAGCAAGGAGCACCAGUGUUGGUGCAAAAUCCUGUGCAGGUUCCCACUGGCAGCAUCCCAGUAGGGGUUCAGCAUGGACAACCUUUCCUUGGAGGAAGCCAUGCUCCUCAAGCUGGUACUUUGUCUUCAGGUCCCUCUGCAGGCUACUUUCCCCAGGGGACUGGAUUUCAGGGAACAAGACUCAUCCAGGAACGACAGAUACAGCUUCAGCAUAGGAUGGAGUCGAUGCAAAAAUUGCAGCAGCAGCAGCAGCAACAAGGACUAAUGGGACAACAGAUGCUACCACAAGCACAGCAAAUGGGUGUGGUGACUCAACAGUCAGGUGGAAUGGCUGUACCAACUUCACAAGGUAUCAUGGGUAAUGCUCUCAUGGCUCAACAACACCCACGUCAGCAACAAAACAUGAUGCAGCUACAGGAUCAGCAGGGUCCAGUUCCUAUUUUGCAAGGUAUGGUUGGAGCCCAGUCUGUCACUCAGCCAACACAGAACAUUGUUGGAGAAAAACCAGUCACUCAGAACCAAAGUUUGGUGGGAAAUGAUCAAAGAAUGAUGGAAAAAGAGAUGUUGUUGCAGCAGCAGAGACAACAAGGUGUGAUGCCUCAGCAAGGACCAAUUGGUCACCAGCAGCAAGCUCUUAAGGGACCACAUAUCCAGCUCAUACCACAGCAGCAGAACAUGCUAGCACAACGCAUGCUUCUGUCUCAGCAGCAACAGAAAGGCAUAAAGGAGCUGGCACAGUUACAACAGCAGACACUGCAGCAACAUCUGCAACAGAAACAAGGUUACAUGAACCAAAUUAAUCAGCAGCAAGACUUGGAGAGGCAGUUGCCACCUCCUUCUUCCCAGCUGGACUCUGCAGAAUCUCCUUCCCUCCUGGGGACCUCUUCUCCAGCAGGGAUCAAUCAAGAAGGUACACAGGUGCAGGCAUCAAAUGACAUUUUACAUCAAGGAGUACAAGAUGUUUCCCAGGAAGCCCAGAACUGUAAGGAAAGUGGAAUACUUGGUCCAAAAACACCACAGCAUCCCCAAGUGUCUUUGACUUCAAUUCAUGUGCAACGGCCAGCUUCUGCUGGGGACCAGCAGGGGACACUAAUGCAGCAACAGAUGCCACAUUCUUACAUGGCUCAGCAACAGCAGCAACAGCAACAGCAGCAACACCCACAGCUACAACAGCUUUCUAGUUCUCCCUCACCAUCAGGGGUUCAACAACUUUGCUAUCAAAGUAACCAAGGUGUACCCUCUCAAGGACAGCAGCAGCAGCUGGCUCUGCAGAGGCAAAACCCCAUGCACGGAGAGAAAAACAGUCUUGUUGCUGUGAAGCAGGAAGGGCAGCAAAUGUGUUAUAUAGCUCAGCAACAACAGAAUACAGGAACAGUGACUGACCAGAAGGUUGAGCAACCAGCACAGGAAAUUACACAACAGCGUGAUGAGAUUGGGCAGCUGCAGACUAUAAUGGGGCAGAAUCACCCAGGCCAAUCUGAAGGAAACAUGAUAGCCCAUCCAAAUCAACAGCAGGCUCUUUUUGCCCAGCAGCAAAAACAAACUGUCAUAGGACAGAUGAGUAUGGUGAGAGGACAGCAAGGGCAAAUAAUGGGCCUCAGGCCGGGGGCUACUGUGGGCAAUAUCAGGGCACCUUUUAAUUUUCAAGCAUUUAUUGCUCAGAACCCCCAACUACGUCACCUCACACCCAGCCAGCAGGUUCAGCAUAUACAAGCUAUGAUUGCUCAGAGACAACAGAUGCUGAGGACAACUCUCCCUCAAGGGCAGAUCCAGGGUCAGCAGAAUCAAGCCCAGCAGGGUGCACAGCGACCACAAGGGUUGGUAACACAGCAGCAGCUACACCAAGGAACAAUGGGGCAACAGGGGGUAGUUAGUUUUUCACAAUCACAAGGCACAAUGGUUCCAUCCACAGGUGGGGGACUUCCGUUACAACAAGGCACUAUAGCUUCUCCCCAACAACAGCUACAGCAGCCAAGUAAAAUGGGCCUGCCACAAAUACAGCUUGCCCAACAACAGGGAGUGUCACCUCAGUAUGGGGUUAUGGCUCAGAAACAACAAGCAAUACAGCAACAGCAGCACAUGCUGCAAAUGCAGCAGCAUGUGGCCAGAGGACAGGUGCCAACAGCUAUGGGGCAGGGUCAUGUAUCUAGCCAGGGUCAUCUGAUUAGACCAGUGACCCCUCGACAGGUUCUUCGACAAAACUCCCCAGGAGACCCGUUGUUUACCAACCACCCAAAUGUACAACUCCAGCAGCAGCAGCAACUGCAGCGACAUUUCUUUCCAUGUUCUACAGCGGUGCAUCAGUCUUCACCCAUACAGUCACUAGAGCCUCAGCAGGUACCAUACCAACAAGUCCAGCCUCAAAUGCCAGCAGUUUCCAGCCCAUUACAGACAGCCAUAACACCGGUUGGCUCUGAAGGUUCUUCAGCCAGCUUGAUGCGUCCUGGUUCCUCUGGAGGCAUUCCUUCCUCAAGCCCAGCUCCAGUUACCAGACAGGACCAGGGUUUACCUAACUCUGCCCUCACAGUGUCUCACACUCCAGCUGAGACGAUAGUGAAGAAGAGCAGUCCUUUAAGCCAUGUGAUACAAACCACUGGGUCACCUGCAGCUGAGAGCAAUGCAUCUCUAGGGCAAUUAGGACUCAAGCCAGAACCUCUGUCCUCAGAAAAUGUAGCAAAUCAUGCUGCACAGCCUCCUACUGCGCUGACCACUGGAUUGUCAGAUCGGCAAGAAAAGAAUCUAGCACAACAGUUACCCAUUGGUAUAGCAAGCCAAACACUUAAUAAAGUCCAAGGCCCUAGUGCAGAGGCUGUGUGUACCAUCCAACUUCAAAGCAUCAAGAAGGAGCCUAGAGAGGUAAAGUGUGACCUUGUGGCAAGGGGUGAGGUUUGCACUGUGGCAGUCAAAGGGGAGACUAAGGGUGGCCUGGUGGUCCCGUGCAAUGCUAGUUCUAGUUACAGCUCUGGUUUGGCUCACUCCAAUAUUACAAGCCCAGGAAAUGCAACAGAAACUUCAGCUGUACAUGCACAGCAAAGUGAGACUGGGCAGCAGCUUCUGCAGAAGUUAUUGCGCACCAAAAACUUGCAGCUGGCAGCCCAACGGCCUUCAGACAGCAUCCACAAUGAAAUCAAUGGCCACAUCAACAGCAAGUUGGCCAUGCUGGAACAGAAACUGCAGGGGACUCCACGCAACAUGGAGGAUUUGCAGUCCAUCACCAAGAAGACUCCUUCAGUGAAGACAAAGCGGACCAACAAACUUGGGGAACGAGGGCCCAACUCUCGGAAGAAGACCAAAAGGGAUGAAGUUGGCAAAAGUACAGAAGCCUUGAUGAAACAACUAAAACAGGAGCUUUCUUUGCUUCCUUUGAUGGAGCCUUCCAUCACUGCCAAUCUUGAGUUGUUCACACCGUUUGGUAGCAGUACCAACAACAAUGAAGGCCAGUUGAAAGGCUCAUUUGGAAAUGCAGUUUUGGACAACAUCCCUGAUUACUACUCCCAGCUGCUCACUAAGAGCAAUCUCAGCAACCCCCCAACACCCCCAUCAUCACUGCCUCCCACACCACCACCCUCGGUGCAGCACAAGCUUCUGAAUGGGGUGACCACUGUGGAAGACUUGUCGGAGAGCCAGAAGGACAGUGAACCUCCAGAAGAUGCCAAGGACUCUGACGAAGUGAAGAAUGUUGAUUUGUUGGCAGCCCUUCCUACACCCCCACAUAACCAAAAUGAGGACAUCAGGAUGGAAAGUGACGAGGACAGUGAUUCUCCAGACAGUAUUGUGCCAGCUUCCUCUCCUGAGAGCGUGCUAGGGGACGAAACAACCCGCUUCCCACUGCUGGAGGAGACAAAGACGGAGGAAAGCAAGAGAGCAAUAUCUCCUGUAAUUCCCAUCAUCUCCUGCACCACAAUCCCUGUUUUCCCAGAGGGUAAGCCUUUUGAAGGUGUUGGCUCAUUUUCUGAGCAUGCUGGCAAAGCAAGUCAGUGGGAUAAAGACAAGAAUGGUGGGGUGUCCGUCACAUUGAUGCUCUCAACUGCUGCAGCCAAGAAUCUGAAUUCUGUGAUGGCGGCCAUGGCUAAUCUCCUACACAUACGUAUGCCUGGUUCCUUUGAGGUGGCUUCUCCUUCAAGCCCUGGGAGAGGGGGCUCUGCUGAAUCUGUAAAAAUCCGUAACACAUCUGCUCCAGGCCCCUCAGAGGCAGAAAACCCAAAACCAGGAAAGACAGAGUGGCUGAAGUAUGAAACUUCCUUGCCUGGCUGCACCCUGAAGAACCAGGUGGACAUCUUGUCUGUCAUCAAACAGGAGUGUCCAGAGGCAGAAGCGAAGGUGGUCCAGCACUGCUACACAACUAAUGUGUCAGAUCUGGAUGUGCGUCACCUUCCUGUCUUCCCAGUGGAGGCUUCACCCCCACAGUCACCUACUUCACCAGCACUUCCUUUGCCAUCAUCUCCACAACCUCCACCUCCUGCUCUGUCCUCGUCCACUCCAUCCUGUAGUCCAAACAACCCUCAAAUCAAAAAUGAGCCUGAGCAUGAGCCCACCUUUCCACCUCCACCACCCCCUUCAGUGGACCAGGUCACUCCUUCCUUGGAGGCCUCCAAGGCUAGCAAACCUCGUAGCCGGCUGCAAUCAGAGGAUGAAGACUUGCAGCCAAAGAUGAAGAAGUGGAAGGGGUUGCGCUGGAAGCGUCUACAGCUUGUCAUCACAAUCCGUAAAGGCAAUUCCCGGAAGGAGGGCAACCGCGAGGUUUGGGAACUGAUGGACCGCCUGCGCAUCACCCUGCGCCCGGACAUGGUUCCCCGUGACCUGCGCAAGUGCUGCUUUUGUCAUGAGGAGGGUGACGGUGCUACCGACGGCCCGGCCCGCCUCCUCAACAUUGAUGUGGACCUCUGGGUGCAUCUGAAUUGUGCUCUGUGGUCCACAGAGGUAUAUGAGACACAGGGUGGAGCACUGAUGAAUGUGGAAGUCGCAUUACGUCGAGGGCUACGCACUCGCUGCGUCUGCUGCCAGAAGACAGGCGCCACUAACAGCUGCAACAGACUUCGCUGCCCUAACGUAUAUCACUUUGCUUGCGCUAUUCGGGCACGCUGCAUGUUCUUCAAGGAUAAGACCAUGCUCUGCACCCAGCAUAAGUUGAAGGGCCCCAGUGAGGAAGAGCUCAGUAGCUUUGCAGUUUUCCGCCGGGUGUACAUCGAGCGAGAUGAGGUCAAGCAAAUUGCCAGCAUCCUGCAACGUGGUGACCGCAUCCACAUGUUCCGGGUUGGGGGCCUAAUUUUCCAUGCUGUGGGCCAGCUUUUGCCCUCCCAGAUGGCUGCCUUCCAUUCGCCCACAGCAAUUUUCCCAGUUGGCUAUGAAGCCACACGGAUCUAUUGGAGUACCCGGGUGCCUAACCGCCGCUGCCGCUACCGGUGCCGCAUCAGUGAGGUGGAUGGUCGCCCUCUCUUUGAGGUGCGUGUGCUAGAACAGGGUCAGGAAGAUCAGCUUCUCCAGGACUCAACUCCAGAAGGGAUAUGGAGCCGGAUUGUGGAACAAGUGGCCAACCUUCGCAAGGAGGCAGCCAUGUUGAAGCUGUUCACAGACCACGUGAAGGGAGAGGAGAUGUACGGGUUGACUAUCCACGCUGUGCUGAGGAUCACAGAAUCUCUGCCUGGGGUGGAGAACUGCCAGAACUAUGUCUUCCGGUAUGGCCGGCACCCACUGAUGGAGCUUCCUCUCAUGAUUAACCCUACUGGUUGUGCCCGUUCUGAACCUAAGAUUCUCACUCAUUGCAAGAGGCCACACACGCUAAACAGCACCAGCAUGUCUAAGGCUUAUCAGAGUACAUUCACGGGUGAAAUCAAUACCCCAUACAGCAAGCAGUUUGUCCACUCCAAGUCCUCACAAUACCGACGCUUGAAGACUGAGUGGAAGAACAAUGUUUACCUGGCUCGGUCGCGCAUCCAGGGCCUUGGGCUAUACGCUGCAAAGGAUCUGGAGAAGCACACUAUGGUCAUCGAGUACAUUGGCACCAUCAUCCGUAAUGAGGUGGCCAACCGCCGUGAGAAGAUAUAUGAGGAGCAGAAUCGAGGGAUCUAUAUGUUCCGUAUCAACAACGAGCAUGUGAUUGAUGCCACCCUGACUGGUGGCCCAGCUCGAUAUGUCAACCAUUCUUGUGCCCCGAACUGUGUGGCAGAGGUUGUGACCUUUGAUAAGGAAGACAAGAUCAUCAUCAUUUCUAGCCGCAGGAUCCCUAAAGGGGAGGAGCUAACUUAUGACUAUCAGUUUGAUUUUGAGGAUGAUCAACACAAGAUCCCCUGCCACUGUGGGGCAUGGAACUGCCGCAAAUGGAUGAACUAAGUGGGUUAGGGAGAUGGAGGAGUCUAGGCUCUCCUCCCAGCCUCAAAACAUACCCCAAUUUUUGCGCCAAAGCUUGUUGAAAUCCCAAAACUUAUACUCUGUAUGCUGUUUCCAGUCCAGGGAGGUUGUCUGUACUUCUUAUUAAGUAGGAAAGCUACUGGCUGAUAACCACAAGUUUGACAAAAACUGUAGAAAACAAAGGGGGUGAAAGGAGAGGACUGUACGGAUACCCCAUUUUCCCAAAAUAAAGUACUGUAACAGUAAACAAAAGAUAAUGGUACUACUGAAAAUUAAGAAGAGUACCAUUUCAACAUCCCUUCCCCUGCCCCACUACCGCAAAUUUAGAUGCCUUAUACUUCAUCUCCUUUUAACAUUGGCUCCAAAUGGUAAGGUUUAAUGUCAGGCUGUGUGGGCAGAAAUUCAGUGAACACUGAAGAGAAUUUAGAGCAUAACUCUUUUAAAUUGUAUUUAUUUUAUUAAUUUUUACCAAUUCCCCCAAAAAUCAAACUCCCCACACAUGGAAUUUUUGAAUAUUCACAUUUUGAUAUUGGCUAGACAAUCCUGAAAAUGUCAAAAUAUAGCGCUCCUAAGGUUAAGUUGAAAAGUCCAGGGACAGCACAAGGCAAAAGAAUUGAUUUCUGACCUGAGCCCUGAAAGCAAACCAUUUUCCAUCCCAUACAUUGCAUACAUCUGUUUGUUAGUUGGAACCAGUCUACCUCAUUGAGUCUAUAGGAACUGUUGGCUAUGAAAGCUAUAAAGGACUACAAGUGGGCAGGGGCAGUGGAUAAAUGAUGUUUAUUCUGGGAUGAGCUAGAGAAGGUUUAUUCAUGGUAAAUACUGUUCUGAAGUUGUUGGGAAAUUUUUGCAACAGACAUAACCUAUUACUACAACUUCAAAAUGAUUAUUUUGAAUGCCUGACCCAGUGUUAAUGUGGCUAAUCAUGUAUGUACAUACAGUAGUUGUGUUGUCUUUCUGGAUAACAUCUUAGUGUUUAAGAAAUCAUGUCAAUCGGAAACUGAACUUGAAUGAUGAAUCUGGGCUGCACUAUUUCUGGGUUUCCUCUGGAUUGGGAGAUGGUUGUCUGGCUUCUCACAUUUAGGUGAGAACACAACAAAAUGAAAACUCUACAAUGCUAUGGACGGUUUGGGCUUCAAUGUUCAAGAGUAGGAGCAGGUCCCACCCAGUCUGAAUGCAGUGCAGGGUCAUAGGCCAGGUGAGCUACGGUGAAGGUACAGCACUGGCACAUCACUGCUUUAGUGUACAUGGAAGUCAAAGGUGAAACAAAAAAACCAGUUUCAGACUACUAUGACACUGGACUCAUUUUUAAGUUAUUUCCCUCUGUUUUUCUUGAAUGGACUACUUCGAUGUUGUGUAUUACUGUAGCAAGUCUUUCUCUACCUGAGUCCAGGCAAUGUGCCUGUAUCCCCAAAGCUAAAUCCAUUAUAAGUUGUUGGUUUAGGAUUUUAGUAAUUUGAAGCAUGAAAAUGAAAGUCUUAAAGGGCAUUUCUUCAUUUUGACUUUUUUUAACAUAAUAAAAAUACACAAAAGGAAAAAAAGAAUUGCUUUACAACAGUGUAUUUCCCUGCUCCCUUAUGUAAGUGUAAAAAUUGUAUAUAAGCAAGGGGAAAGGAAGCUUCUCCCUUUUUAGUCAAGUGAUAGUGAAAUAAAGAUAAAGAUAAAUCAACCACUGGAUAUCAUUUUAUUACAAAUUAAUAAGUAUAUAUACAUAUAUAAAUAGAACAGCAAACAGAAUAUCUAUGUAUAUGAACAGAGGUUUUUUCUGCAUUUAAAUGUUUUUCUAUUAGCAUUUUUGCUAUGAGCUUGUAUAGUCGAGCUGUAAAUUUUAGCUAGACAAAAAAGACAAUGUUUUUUUGCCAAUGACUUGAUCUAGAAACAGGGGUGAUUAAGGCAGUAGAAGAGAACUUAAGAGGCUCUCUUAUUGGAGAGGUAUCUGAUUAAUUUGAAAUGCAUAUUGCAGAAGGCAGUACAGUAAUGUGGUUGUAUUUAUGUUUUUCUUGACUCCUUUACUGUUAUUUAUGCUACCGUUUGUGGAUAUUUACCAAAAUCAGUCCCUGGAUUGGUCAGAAGACUUCCCAGUAAUGUGCACUCCCCAGACAAAAGUGUGAAACUCCUUUACUUCCCUGGUGGUGGUAUUAUUCUUAUUAUCAUUAUUAUUAUUAUUAAUAAUAAUAACAAAUUUCAUUAGCCUAUGGAAGUACAUUGUAAAGAAGUACAGUGUUGGAUUAGAUUGUGUGAAAUGAAUAGUCAUUCAGCCCAUUUUAUAUUGUGUGAUAUGACUUCAGCUAUGCUUAUUUCAGAAGGAAUCACGCAAUGUUGAUCGGAUAUUUGAGUACUACCCUAUAAUAAUGUUUGUGCACAUUUCUUGACCAACAGAACUUUUUUGAAGCGUUGUGAUCUAAUUUAGGUUUUUUGUGCUAUUAUGGCAAAACAUGUUUAUAAAUAAAUUAUUUUUGUUUGACUAUCCUAUGUUCUCUGCAUAGCUUUUAAUUUAUAAAGGUUGUUAAAGAUUUUCAAAGCAUUAAUUUCUUUUUAAAGAUGUUGAAUCUGUACAGCAGAGUUACUUUUAGGAAAGAUACAAAAAUAAAUCAUUUUGAUUCUAUGUGGCAUGUUUUGUAUGAAUAUAAUUUUCAAUUGUAUAUAUUUUGACUACAGUAAGCCCUUUUUAUUCCACCUCCCCAGUUUACAUCUUUGUCAACUUAAUUUCUUGUAAAGAAAUAAAAAUUCAUUUUAAAUAUAAA